AUGCGCUUCAGUCAAUUUGCCCUUCCUGCCUUCUUAGGCCUACCCCUUGCAGUCUUCGCCAAGCCCUUGGCAGCGCGCAGCGACAUUGAGACUUUGCUGGACCUCAACGAGCAGGCUGUCAGUGCGCUUCAGUCAGACGAAAGUAUUGAGAAGAGGAAGCCAACGUCAUGCAAUAUAUUCAAUGCCAGAGUUCGACGCGACUGGAAACAUUUCUCUUCCACUGAGAAAAAGCAAUAUAUCACCGCUGUAAAAUGCUUACAGGCAAAGCCAAGCAUUGCAGAUCCCACUUUUGCCCCUGGUGCCAGGAGUCGUUAUGAUGACUUCGUUGCCGUUCAUAUCAACCAGACUUUAUCCAUCCAUGGAACUGGAAACUUCUUGACUUGGCAUCGAUACUUCACAUGGGCCUACGAGACAGCGCUGCGGGAUGAGUGUGGUUACAAAGGGAACCAGCCAUACUGGAACUGGUUGGAUAAUAGGAAUGAUCCGAGCAAAUCGCCCCUUUUUGAUGGCACAGACACGAGCUUCAGUGGCGACGGCGCGUUCAUCGCCCACAAUGGUAGUGUGAACGGAAACGGCAUGAUCUUCGUCCCAUCUGGAAAGGGUGGCGGUUGCGUGACUUCGGGCCCCUUCGUGGACUACGUGAUCAACCUAGGCCCCGUACUCCCAAUUCAGGAUGGAGUUGCCCCAGCAGCGGAUCCCCUCGGUUACAACCCGCACUGCUUGAGCCGUGAUCUGAGCUCCUUCACCGCCAUGAACUGGUUGACGAUCGGGAACAUUUUGAAUGUCACCGUCGGUGCCGCGUCAGGGUCUGUUCUUCUUUUCCAGAAUGAACUGCAGGGUCGCUUCAAUGAUGGCUUCCUCGGCUUGCACACGGCCGGCCACGGCGUUCCGGGCGGCAUUUCUGGCGACCUUUACGGUUCGCCCGUCGACCCCAUCUUCUUCCUUCACCACGCCAUGAUUGAUCGGACCUACUGGAUCUGGCAGGCACUGCAUCUUGGCCAGGCUAACACCCUCGCCGGUACCCUCACAUUGUUCAACACUCCUCCCAGCCGUGACACCUCGCCUGAAGACAUCAUCGACCUUGGUGUCAACGCCCCGUCGGUAAAGAUUGGCAAGAUAUUGAACACCCUUGGUGGUUCGCCCCUGUGCUAUAUCUACGCUUAA